CUGACCUCGGAGAGGCUUCCGUCUCCUCGAAGGCUGUGCCAGGAUUUCCUGGACACUGCAGCAAACGUUCCUGACCGAUAUCAAUGGAUAUUAUAAAGGGAAACUUAGAUGGAAUUUCAAAACCAGCCUCAAAUUCAAGAACACGUCCUGGGAGCCGAAGUUCAAAUGCUUCUCUGGAGGUACUGUCACCAGAACCAGCAUCCUUCAAGGUUGAUACUGCAAUCAAUUUGAACUCUGGUAAAGAAGGCCACUCAGAAAGCAAUAAUACAGAGGAGAGUAGAAACAGUAAUGAUAAUAAAGGGGAAAGCUACUCUGAGAAAACAAAAUUGCCUGAAGAGGGGUCAGAUGAAGAUUCGAACUUGGGUCAACAUCAGAUAGUCCCUGAAUGUUCAGAUGAAUUUGAAUUAAAAGAAUUAGAUUCUCAACUUCAGGAUGCUAUUUGGAAGAUGAAGAGGCUUGACAAGAUAUUGGUGAAGAGACAAUACAGAGAAAAAGAAAUUAAGAAGCAAGGUCUAGAAAUGAGAAUAAAGCUGUGGGAGGAACUUAAGUCUGCAAAAAAUGGUGAAGUUUUGCAAAGUAACGAGGAAAUGGAAAAUACAAAAAAGUUUCUAGCUUUGACUGCUGCAUCAGAAGAAACUGUUGAUCCUUCUUGUAACAAGCAUGAAGAUACCUUUUUCUCGGUGUUUCACACUCAGGUUCCACCAGAAGACUAUGAAAAUCAUAUACAGAAUGUCAAACAAGAUUUUACCUAUGAUGUGGAAAGAAAUGAAUCAAUGAUCAAAGCAGAAAAUAAACCUUUCUCAAAUACAGAAAAGAUUGAGCUCAGGGGUAAACGCAGCCAGGAUUUUAUUAAGCGAAACAUUGAGUUAGCCAAAAAUUCGGGAAAACCAGUGGCUAUGAUUGAUAGAGAAAAGGAAAAGCUGGUUGAACUUUUGAAGGACUUAGACGAUACUGAUUCAGGGCUGUCCAGUUCUGAGGGAGAUCAGUGUGGCUGGCUAGUCUCGGGAGAAGGAUACACACUUGCAGUCACCCAGCAUCAGCAGCUUGCUGAAAUUGAUACAAAACUCCAAGAACUGUCUGCCACCUACCCAACAAUUUUCAGCUCUUCUCCAAGACCAGAACAUCAGAUUGAUGAGGAACCUGACCUUAAUGGUGAUGAUAGAAAAACAGAAGUAACCCCAGGAGAAAAGGUUCUUCGAAACACCAAAGAACAACGGGAUCAGCAGAAUAGGUUGAGAGAGAUAGAUGAAAAGCUAAGAAAGAUGAAGGAAAAUGUGUUAGAUUCAACCUCACUUCUCUCCGAGGAACAGUUAAGGUGUCUUCUGGAUGAAUGCUCGUUCAAACAAAAAUCCACAGUUAGACUGUCUCCAGAAAGAGAAGAGAAAGACAUUGAGGAUAUGAUACCUGAGUUCCCCCAACCUUCUGGAUCUAUUCUCUCUGAGUCAUUAAGCAGGUCAAAAACAAAGGUUCGAAGCACUGAGCUGGAGGACAUAAAUGUGCCUAAGAAUGUAGAAUGUGAAACAUCUAGAGGCUACUUUCUCACCAAAGCCUUGGCUGGGCAUCACAUGUCACCAGCUCUUCUCCUUGAAGCAGAGAAUGUGAAAUGCCUUCAGUUUUCUGAGGACAAUGUUAUUAGUGAUGCAGAAGACUACUUUAUGUCUAAGACUCUGGGCAUUGGGAGACUGAAAAGGCCCUCUUUCUUGGACGAUCCACUGUAUGGCCUCAGUGUGAGCCUUUCAUCUGAAGACCAGCAUGUGAAACUCAGCCCUCCAGAGAGACUCAAACCAGUGUCUCCCAUGUCCAUCACUCACUCCCUUGCUGUUCCUACCCUCUCAGCUGGAUCAGUGCGGUAA